UAAACAUAGCAAGGGAAACCACUCUGGAAACGCACGUUGCUGUGACUCAAACUUCGUAUCCACGUGCUGCGUGUAACGGCUCUGAGAAACUAAAGGAAACAAUGGAUUCACCGUGCAUUCACCACGUUGAAUUUGGUGUCAGAAACGGGAUGAACCUCGUCAACAGAUUUCUCAAACAAUUCAGAUUCCAGCUUUUGUGCAGCCGACAGACGCCGGUUGCUCGGCAGUGGCUCGUCUGCUCGCAUGCUAUUCGCUUUCUCAUCACCGAGCUGUGUGAGCCACACAUCGUCAAUGUUAGGAAGGAUCCUUACAUAACACCAUGGUUUUCAUCUCCAGCAGCAGUCAACGAUUCUGUGUUUAACGUGGCGUUGCGAGUAAAAAGCAUAGAUCGGUGCUUGGAGCAUCUAUCAAAGCGUGGAGUGCAAGUGACGAAACAGUUGCAGACCUUCACAGACGAGACCGGUACAGUUCAAAUGUGUACAGUCAAGUCUUGCGUGGGAAACGUACAUCACACACUUGUCGACGAUUCUGAAUAUUCUGGGCUUUUCCUCCCUGGGUUUCACCGUGCGAGUAAAGAAAGCGAGACAACACAAAAUGGGAAAACUUCUUCACCGAGUGACCUCUACCAUAUUGAUCACGUGACGUUUUGCUGUCCGCCAGGCGCGUCUGCAGGUGUGAUACAGUGGUAUCAACAGAACUUCGGGAUGGAACGUUUUUUAAUCAACAGAAUUGAGGAUAAGGAUGAAGGAUUUGUCAUCAAGGGUGAAGAUAUAGGCAUGAGGCUAAUGGCCUUUGAGUACUGGAAAUGUGCUGAGACAGGACUUGCUAUGAAAGAAAAAGGCAUUGGGAGUGUUAAAUUUGUUAUUGCAGAGGCUUUACCCAAGCAAGGUCCCAACCAGAUAAAUAUGUUUAUUGAGAACCAUGGAGGUCCAGGUGUUCAACACAUAGGACUUCACACCAGUGACAUCAUUAGUGCUGUGGCACAGCUUCAGCAUCAGGGCGUAGAGUUCAAUGAACCUCCAUACACUUACUACACAGAGGUGGGCCAGUUGAAGGAAAUGGUUGCCAUUGGCAUGGAUGUAAACUCACUCAAGGACACUGGAAUUCUUUUGGAUACUGAGGCAGACAGCCACCUUCCUUCUAAGCUGGAUGAUUGUAGUAUUUUAGAGAAAAGCAGUCCUUACAGGUAUUUGAUGCAAAAGUUUACCAGGCCAUUGUUUGAAAAGGACACCUUCUUUCUGGAGGUGAUACAAAGGACUGGGGCAAGAGGUUUUGGUUCUGGAAAUAUAACUGCACUUUGGCGCUCUGUGCAAGCUUUUUUGCAAAAGCGCCAGCAGGAGCAAGAGCAAGAUAAGCUGAAAUAGCUUAUUUUGCUUUUUGUUUGACUUUUGGUUGAUGAGACAUUUUACAUAGUUGUUGCUGGUUUUUUUUAUUGAUGAGGAUUAUUGUGCAUAUUAAUUUUUGUCUGUUGUGAUAGAAAACAGGCUGUACCGAAGAGCAAAUUAAAUUUUUGUACGAUGCGUUUAUUAGCCUACCUCUUAUUAUCUACAUGUACAUUUUAUGCUCAUUGACUAGCAUCGAAUGACAUUUAGUACAAAGAAAGAAGUUUUGCAACUUCUUACAUUCCUGUUAAAUUCUCAGUACAAUAAUGCAUCCAGGAGAGAUAUUAUUAACGUCCUUUCAAGACUCUCAUGUUCUGGUCUUUAGACUCUAGUCUAAAAGUUUUCACAUGAUUUCCAGCUUUAUUUAUGAAAUCAUUUUUUCCCAACUCCACGCAUGAGAACCUUAAAGACUAACAGUGCUUAGCGCUGCUGAAUAGUUUUGUCAAAAGUGUUUCUCCCAGCACAAUUUUAUUUUUUAUGUGAUCUCAUAGGUUUUUUUUUUAACAUUUGGCACACAGACUUUAGAUUUUAAAAUUUAAAAAGUUACGUGCUCGGAUAAUGAUUCAAAAUGCAAGAUGACUGGCAUUCAGAAAAUGCCAAAUGUACGAAAAAUUACAGAACACAUUCAAAGACUCAUUUUCAGUUCAAUGUGGCUGUACAAUAGGGUGUAGUGAUGCUUGCAGUUUUGAUGCACAUUUGAAGUUUUGUACAAUUCAUUAGCCUGAUUUCAAAUGUGAAAAAAAGAUUUUGCUCUGUGGUAAGCAGAACACCUUCCUAUUUCCGCAAGAAAUGUCCUUCAGUUAGAAUGUCAAUCUGCUAUUUUGCCUUGAAAUGUUUUGUACUUAAAAUCCUUAUUUUCUGCAUGAUCUAUACUUUUUAGAUUUCCGGAGUGGAUACUUCUUUGUUGUAUAUGUUUAUUGAUUACAUAAUAUUAUACUAUUACCAUUCAGUUAAGUAAAUAAGGGACAAAAUUAAUACUAAGUGAUGUCAUAGCAACAAAUUGUGGAUGACUAGUAAAACCCUAAAGUAGUUGUACAGUAGUUGUACAGCUGCGGCCAUCAUUUUAGACAAACCAAAAUUUUCCUAGAAAUGAAAACUGGUGCCUGUAUUGUUUAUAAUUAUUGUCUGACAGAACAAAUGUUAUCAGAAACGAGAUCUUUCCUUUGCAGUUAUUAAAUACAGAACUUUUGAAAAACAUUAAGUUUAAAAAAACACGAUUUUUGCAUUUGGGGCAGAAAAAGUGUUCUGCUAAUUGCAGAUUUCUUUGCUUUACAUUUUUUAACUCAGGUAGCUGGUUGAACAAAACCCCAAAUGUGCAUGUCGAUCUGUUGCAGUUCAUUGGAUGAUUUACACCCUACUCUACAAUGCAACUCAUUUCUAGUUAUUUUUUAUAUAUAGCAAUAUAAGAAUAUUUCAUGUUUGUAAACUUGCACAAGUUUAAUUGUAAUAAAUUAAAAUAUAUGUUUAGAAUAAAAUUUUCUAGAAGAUAAUAAUAAUGCU